GCCCGCGCCGCUGCCAUGGCGGCAGCUCCGCCGCUCUCCAAGGCCGAGUAUCUGAAGCGUUACUUGUCCCGGGCGGAUGCCGGCGUCGACGGGGGCCCUGAGGCCAGUCGCAAGCGUCGCAAAAAGCGGCCGAAGCCAGGCGGGGCCGGUGGAAAGGGAAUGCGGAUUGUAGAUGAUGAUGUGAGCUGGACUUCGAUCUCUACCACUAAAACAGAAAAGGAGGAAGAGGAAGAUGAUGGAGAUUUGCCUGUGGUGGCUGAGUUUGUGGAUGAGCGACCAGAAGAGGUGAAGCAGAUGGAAGCUUUUCGUUCCAGUGCCAAAUGGAAGCUUUUGGGAGAUCACAAGGAAGACAUAUCUUCACACACAAAUUUCCAUCAUGAUACCCCAGAUUCAUCGCCUCCAAGGAAGGUCCGUCACGACACCCCAGAUCCAUCUCCUCCAAGGAAGGUCCGUCAUGACACCCCAGAUCCGUCUCCUCCAAGGAAGGCCCGUCACGAUACCCCAGAUCCAUCUCCUCCAAGGAAGGUCCGUCACGAUACCCCAGAUCCUUCUCCCCCUAGGAAGGUCCGUUACGACACCCCAGAUCCUUCUCCUAGGAGGGUCCGUCAUGACACCCCCGAUCCUUCUCCUCCUAGAAGGGUCCGUCAUGACACCCCAGAUCAUUCUCCCCUCAGGAAGUCUCAUCGUCAUUCUUCAGGUGUUUCUCCUAGGAAAGCUUGUCAUGACACACCAGAUUCAUCUCCUAGGAGGGCCCGUCACAGUUCCUCAGAUAUCUCUCCCCAACAAAGGACCCAUAACGGCUCCCCUGACAUAGCUGAUCGUAAAAGAACUCUUGACUCCUUGGACACAUCGCAGCUCAGGAGGGUCCGUUGUGACUCCCCUGAUUUGGAUCCUAAUGUCCCUCAGUCACUGCCCAGAACAAAAAGCACUAGAGCGCCUGAAGUUACCUCUAGCAAAACUCCACAUCGGAAAGGAUCAGUAUCUUCCCUAUCACUCCCAAAGAACAACAAAUGUGAAUAUGACUCGGACCUCUCUCCUGCACGAAAAAAGCAAGCAAAAUCCCAUUUUGGAAAUAAGCAGCAUGAUUCUAAAGGGCACUUGGAUUCUGACUCGGAUCUUUCACCUCCGCGGAAUAGGCCUAGACACCAGAGCUCUGACUCUGACCUCUCUCCACCAAGGAGGAAACCGAGGGCCAGUUCUGAUUCUGAUUUGUCUCCACCUCGAAGGAGUCAACCACCUGGGAAGAAGGCUGCACACAUGUAUUCUGGCGCUAAAACUGGCUUGGUGUUAACUGACAUAAAGCAAGAGCAGCAGGAACUCAAGAAACGGGACCAGGAAACCAUAGCAUUUGAAGCUGAAUUCCAAUAUGCCGAAACCGUAUUCCGAGAUAAGUCUGGUCGUAAGAGGAAUUUGAAAAUGGAACGUUUAGAGCAAAGGAAAAAAGCAGAGAAGGACUCGGAGAGGGAUGAGCUGUAUGCCCAGUGGGGAAAAGGGCUGGCCCAGAGCCGACAGCAGCAACAAAAUGUGGAGGAUGCAUUGAAGGAAAUGCAGAAGCCUCUGGCCCGCUACAUUGACGAUGAAGAUCUGGAUCGCAUGCUGAGAGAACAAGAAAGGGAAGGGGAUCCCAUGGCCAACUUUAUCAAGAAGAGUAAGGCCAAGGAGAAUAAGAAUAAGAAAGUGAGACCUCGCUACAGUGGCCCAGCACCUCCCCCCAACAGAUUCAAUAUCUGGCCUGGAUAUCGUUGGGAUGGAGUAGACAGAUCCAAUGGAUUUGAACAGAAGCGCUUUGCCAGGCUUGCCAGCAAGAAGGCGGUAGAGGAACUUGCCUAUAAGUGGAGUGUUGAGGAUAUGUAACUUUUCUGAGACUGUGGGGGUGGUGAUGGGUUGUGGUAGUGGACUUGGGCAGCCAGACAGCCAACAAUAACUGUUGACUAUACUAAUAAUUGGGGUCCACAGAGAUCAGAAACUGCUUGAAUGCCAGUUUUGAGUAUGAAGAAUAUUUGAGACAUGAUGUUUGUACUGAGGCACUGUACUUCUCAGGUGUACAACACUGGUUGUUGCUGGUUUUCAGAGGAAGCAUUGAUUUCUCAGUGUCCCAGGGUUUGUUCUUGGUAAGGCUUUUUCUUUUUUUAAUAAACAUGUAACUAUUUUUUUAAUCAUCUUCUUAAUGGGCUAUUUCAUUUUAGGAAAGAAUAUAAGCUAGUACUGAAGUACAAGGGAUCUUAGAAGAUGAUGAAAUUCUCAAUAAUCUAGAAAGCACUAUGAGUAAAAACUCUCACAGUGAUAUGUUCUCCCUCCUAGAGAUAAGAGUUUGGUGACCUAGUCUUAGGAAUAGAUUUGGGCAUUUAGAGACAUGGUGUAUGAUGAAGGUAGCAUUACAGAUUAGUGGAGAAGAGAUGGAUAAUGAUGCUCAGAAAAUUGGUUUAUUAUAUGGACAGAAAUAAUGUUGGAUCCCUACCACAAACCAUGUAAAACAAAGACAAGUCCCAAAGUGAUUGAAGUCCGACAUGAAAGGUAUAAUGCUAAAGCCAGUAGGAAAAUAACGAGAAUAUCUUUGUGACCUUGGGGUGAGAGUUAGUUUGUUAAAUGAGAUUCCCAACGCACAAUCUGUAAGGUCUGAUACUUCAUAAUUAAAACUAUCUAAUUAACAGAGCAUGCUAUACUUAAAGGUAAAGAUGAGUAAAUAUUUGCAGAGUCUAAAACUGACAAGGGAUUGCCUAUGUAAGGUACUGAAUAGAGAAAGAGUGGAAAUCCAGGGAAAAAACACAAAAUAAAAUUGGCCAGAGAAUGUGAAAAAGGUAAAAUCUAGAAAGAAAACCAGAAUGACUGAUACAUAUAUUACCUCACUAGUAAUUAGAGAAAUGUAAGUUCAAACAUUAAGUUUCUAUUUUAUAUCUAUUGGUUGGCAAAAAUAAGCAAGAAACUGAACUCAUAGGGAAUGAAAGCUCAUAGGGACUUUCAGCUUGUACAUUCAUUCUGGAGACUGAUGGGCAAUACUUAGUUAAAAGUGAUAUCUGGGGUGCAGUAUUGUAUAGUUUUUAAGAGUGUGGCUCUGGCGCUGUACUGCCUACGUUUGAAUCCCAGGUAUGUCUUUUGCUAAGUGAUGACCUUGAUAAGCCACUUAACUUCUCAGUGCCUUAGUUUCUUCAUUUGUAAAAUGGAAAUAGUAGUACCUACCUCAUAGGUUUCUUGUGAGCUUAGAGCAGUGCCUCGCACAUAGUACAUGUCACAGAGGUUGUUAGCUUUUGUUAUCAGUCUUUCUCAUCAUCAAAAUGACCCUCAGUGUUUCCUGGUGUUCAAGCUCCUGUGUAGUCCCUUUCCAUGACGAAUAGGGCUGCUCUGUGUAGCUGAUAGAAUGUACCGGAAAACGUGUGACUUCUGAAGCAAGGUCUUGAAAGUCAUUGAAGCUUACGCCUUGUACUCUCUUGGAUCACUUGCUCUGGAAGAAGCCAGAUGCCAUGUCAUGAGGACACUCAGACAGCCCUCUGG